AUGCCUGUUGAAUCUGCCUACGACCCCAAGGACAUGCUGUUCCGCCACCUGGGACCUACUGGUCUCAAGGUUAGUGUCUUCAGUCUUGGUGGCUGGUUGACAUACGGCGGCACACAAAAGGGUGAUAUUGUUAAGCAGAUCCUACAAAAAGCUUGGGAUCACGGUGUCAACACUUUCGACACCGCCGAGGUCUACGCCAAUGGUGAAUCUGAGAUCGAGAUGGGCCGAGCCCUCAAGGAGCUCAACUGGCCCCGAGACGAGUACGUCCUCACAACAAAGGUCUUCUUCGGCACAGGCCGCAAGGAGCCCAACACCCGAGGUCUUUCCCGCAAGCACGUCGUCGAGGGUCUCAAGAGCUCUCUCAAGCGCAUGGAGCAGCCCUACGUCGAUGUCGUCUUUGCCCACCGCCCCGACUACGCUACUCCCAUGAGGGAGAUCGUUGAGGGAUUUACUCAGGUCAUUCGCAACCUGAACCUUGCCUACUACUGGGGUACCUCAGAGUGGAGCGCUGCUCAGAUUACCGAGGCUACUCAGAUUGCUGAGCGCUACAACCUUAUUGCUCCUGUCGUUGAGCAGCCUCAGUACAACGCCCUUCACCGUGAGCGCUUCGAGGUCGAGUACGCUCCCCUCUACGACCAAUUCCAGUACGGAACCACCAUCUGGUCUCCCCUCGCCAGCGGUCUCCUUACCGGCAAGUACAACAACGGCAUUCCCGAGGACUCCCGUUUCGCCACCAACAAGGCCUUCUUCGAGGGAACCGUCAGCGAGCUUCAGACUGAAGCCGGCAAGGCCAAGAUCGAGAAGGUCCGCAAGAUGUCCGAGAUCGCCGAGCGUCUCGGCGGCAACGUCGCCCAGCUUUCUCUCGCCUGGGCCCUCAAGAACCCCAAUGUCAGCACUGUUAUCCUCGGCGCCACAAAGGUCGAGCAGCUUGAGGAUAACUUCAAGGCUCUUGAGAUUUACAAGAAGAUGGACGAUAAGGUUAUGGAGGAGAUUGAGAAGAUCCUUGAUAACAAGCCCAAGGGUCCUGCUACAUACAACCGUGAGAGGACUCUGGACUGGAAGCCUUAG